AUGAACACGGUCCUGUCGCUGCGGUUGCUGUGCGUGGCUUGGCUGUUUCCGGUCUCCCUGCUCGUCGGCAGCCCCCUGCCCGGCAGGAGGAGGCACAAGGACGUGUACCUGGGCGAGCACGUGAAGAGCAAGCACGGAGGGCGGAUAGACUAUAAGAUGAAGAAGGCGGACAGCACCAAGUCCCUGCUGAUAAAGUCAGAGCAGCUCCUGAGGAUCGAAGAGCACGACUUCGCCAUGAGGCCCAGUUUCGGAGGUACGGCCAUCCCCGUGGGCAUAGACGUGCAGGUGGAAAGCAUCGACAGCAUCUCAGAGGUCAACAUGGACUUCACCAUGACGCUGUACCUGCGGCACUACUGGAAGGACGAGCGGCUGGCCUUCCCCUCCAGCAACAACAAGAGCCGCACCUUCGACGCCAGGCUGGUGAAGAAGAUCUGGGUGCCGGACGUCUUCUUCGUCCACUCCAAACGCUCCUUCAUCCACGACACCACCAUGGAGAACAUCAUGCUCAGGGUCUACCCCGACGGCAACAUCCUCUACAGCGUGAGGAUCACAGUGACUGCUCUCUGCUCCAUGGAUUUCAGCAGGUUUCCCCUGGACACACAGAACUGCUCUCUGGAGCUGGAGAGCUAUGCAUAUAACGAGAAUGAUCUAAUGCUCUACUGGAAGAACGGAAACGAUUCGCUACGGACAGACGAGAUCUUGCUCUCUCAGUUUUUCAUUGAAGAAUUCCAUCCCUCCAACGGGCUAGCCUUCUACAGCAGCACAGGCUGGUAUAACCGGCUGUAUAUAAACUUCAUUCUCAGGAGGCACAUCUUCUUCUUCAUGCUGCAGACGUAUUUCCCCACCAUGUUGAUGGUCGUGCUCUCCUGGGUGUCCUUCUGGAUCGACAGGAGGGCCGUCCCAGCAAGAGUCUCGCUAGGUAUCACCACGGUGCUGACCAUGUCCACCAUCAUCACGGGCGUGUCGGCCUCCAUGCCCCAGGUGUCCUACGUCAAAGCGGUGGACAUCUACCUGUGGGCCAGCUUCCUCUUCGUCUUCCUCUCCGUCAUCGAGUACGCCGCUGUCAACUACUUCACCACCAUCGAGGAGAUGAAGAAGCUCAAGAGGGGAAAGCUCCCUGCCUCCUUCAACGCCACCCAGGCCAUGGCCUUCGAUGGCUGUUUCCAUGACGAUGAGAUUGAGCUCUCCCCCUAUCCAGAAAUCUCCUCCAGCGUUGAUCAGCAGGGGGCGCCCCGGAGUGCUACAGAGACCCCGCCCACAGAGGGCACCAGGCUGCGCCGAAAUCGCUCUGUCAGGAAAAACAUCAACUACAUCAUGACCAACAGCCACAUGAUCGACUCCUACUCACGGAUACUGUUCCCUGUGGCUUACCUGCUCUUCAACAUCAUCUACUGGAGCAUGUACUCAUGA